AGCCAAUCAGCCGUCUUCAGUCUUUUUAUUCCCCUUUACAUUAAUUUCAUCAUCCCCUACUUCCAUUCCACUGCAUUCUUCUUGUUUGCAGUUCAGUACUGGUUUCUUCAUGAAUGACAUAAAUAGGCUUGUUGGGGUGAUGCCUGUGCUUCCUUAUUAAUCUCCCAUAUACAGAGCAGAUUUCCAGGACGCAGUUGAUAACGUUACUCGUGAAUUGGGAUCAUGGGAAGCCAUGGAAGGCUUUGGUUUCUUAGUAUGAUUGUUCUUACCGUGUUUAUUAAUGAUCUUGUUCUUUCAGAGGCUAAGAAUGAGAAGAAGCUGCAGCUUCCAUCUGCUGUUGUUGUGGGCACUGUCUACUGUGACGCUUGCUUCCAGGAGGGUUUCUCCAACACCAGUCACUUCAUUUCAGGGGCCCUGGUUGCAGUAGAGUGUGGAGGCACGAGUUUCCGCCGGCAAGUCGAGACAAAUGAGAAAGGAGAUUUCAGAGUUCAUCUGCCUUUCUCAGUAUCCAAACACGCCAAGAAAAUCAAGGGAUGCUCCGCGAAGUUGAUCAGCAGCAGCGAGCCCAAUUGCGCAGUGGCCUCGCCGGCAGCUUCGUCUUCAUCUUCACUCCAUCUCAAAGCCAGAAACAUUCAAGGAACUCACGUUUUCUCAGCUGGGCUUCUGGCAUUCAAGCCUCGGAAACGGCCGGAGCUAUGCAGCCAAAAACCAAAAGAUGAAUUCAGUGCCCAAAAAUCCUUGAAACCAACUCCAAAUGGAAUAAGCUUCCCGCCGCAGCUUCAAGAUCCUCCCGCUGGUCGAGGCCUCUUGCCUCCUCUACCGGAGCUUCCACCUCUGCCAGUUCAGCUCCCUCCUCUAACCCCUCUUCCAGCAAUUCCAGGAUUUCCUCCAGAAAGUUCUGGGCAGCCAAACACUGCAAGAAAAUCUGAAUUGCUGCCAAAUGGAAAGGUGGAGCAGCAAGAAUUAGUCCAGCCACUGCCACUAGUACCUUUGCUGCCAUUGCCACCCGUCUUCGGGGUUCCGCUUCCUCCAAACCCGUUCCAGCCGCCGUCAGUGCUGCCACCAGCAAUUCCAAAUCCCUUACAGCCAUCGCCGUCAAUCCUUCCUCCCAUUCCAAUACUUCAGCCGCCGCCAUCAAUAUUUCCUCCCAACCCAUUUCAGCCAUCGCCGCCAUCUUUCAAUCUGCCGCCGAUACCCAGCCUGUUUCCUUCUCCUCCGCCGCCGCCAGCCUUCCCCUUUCCUCUUCCUCCAAUAUUCCCCGGCAUUCCACCUGCAGCUCCUUCCUCCAAGAAAACCUCUAGCUCUCCUUGAUCUAAAACCACUUAAUUAUCUAGCCAUCUCUGUAAACUUCUCUAGCUAAGAAUAAGUACUGUGACAUGUAUUUUCUCUUUUUGAUCCUUCUGGUUAUGAUAAUAUGUAUUACUUAACUGCCCUAAUGAUCAUCAGAUCAGUAGAUUGCCUCUUUCUACGGUAUUUCAGCCAA